CUCUGUACACGCUGUCAACCAUGCCUUCUCUCGCAUCCCUCACUGCCAUUAUUGCCUUGCUCGGGCUCGUGGCCGCCUCUCCAGUCGAUAUCCAGAAGCGGAAGACCUUCACCGUCAGCCAGGUUGAGCGAAAGCAAUUCAUCAAGAAUGGAGCCGCCCAGACCGCGAAGACUUUCCGCAAGUUCGGCGUCAAGGUCCCAGCCCAUAUUCUCGCUGCCGCUGCCGCUGGUCCUAAUGGCACUGUUGCUGCUGUGCCUUCGGAUGCAUAUGACAGCCUCUACCUUUCCCCAGUCGACGUGGGAGGUACAACUCUGCAUCUCGACUUCGAUACUGGCAGUGCUGAUCUCUGGUGUUUCUCUUCGCUCCAGGCUUCGGCUCAAUUGACGGGUCACGACUACUACAAAGCCGAUGCAUCGAAAAAGGUCUCAGGGGCCAGCUGGAAGAUCAGUUACGGGGAUGGGUCUGGCGCAUCCGGCACUGUCUAUGCAGACAAGGUCGUGGUUGGCGGCGUGACCGCAACAUCGCAGGCCGUCGAAGCGGCAACAUCAGUGUCGACCCAAUUCCAACAAGACCGAGACACUGAUGGCCUACUUGGUCUAGCCUUCAGCUCGAUUAACACCGUUAAGCCUACUGCGGCAAAGACAUUCUUUGACAAUGUCAAGGCCAACCUCGCCUCGCCGGUGUUUGCCGUUACCCUGAAGUACCAUGCUGCCGGUACCUACGACUUCGGCUUUCUUGACUCUACCAAAUACACUGGAGACAUCACCUACACGAGCGUCAAAACUACAAACGGCUUCUGGGAAUUCACUUCCACCGGAUAUGCCGUUGGUAGCGGAUCCACGACUACGGCUAGUAUCGACGCUAUCGCCGACACUGGAACAACGUUGCUUUAUCUCCCCUCCGCCGUCGUCAAGGCCUACUACGCUAAAGUCACCAGCGCCCAGAACUCGAACACAUACGGAGGCUGGGUCUUCCCCUGCUCUACCACUCUCCCGGACUUCACCCUUGUUAUCGGCGGCUCUAAGCAAGUCGUUCCAGGCAAGCACAUCAACUACGCUCCCGUGCAGACGGGCUCUACGACCUGCUACGGCGGCAUCCAAGAUAACACGGGCAUCGGUUUCAGCAUCUUUGGCGACAUCUUCCUGAAGAGCAAGUAUGUUGUCCACGAGAUGAGCUCGACUCCCAGGAUCGGCUUCGCACAGCAGGUUGGUGUUUAAGGGCUCGCGAGUAUUUCUUGGAUCAUGGACAUUGAUGUUCCACGGCGCACCACACAUUUGCAAGCAUUUUCUUAG